UCAAGCGUUUUCAACGCUUAGAUAAUAAGUGCACAAUCACCUAAAACAGUUGUAUAAACAGUGUAAACCCAUUUCAUUAGUCCAUCGUCGAGAAAACGGUAUAAAAUCAUGGCGCAACCAAUUACCAUACCAUACCCGGGAGUACCAUGCGUCCAUGGCAUUCCUGGCGGGGCUUUUCCGGGGCGAGUCAUCCUCGUGCAGGGGUCAACUUCUCCGAACUCACAGAGGUUCGCAAUCAACCUUCAAUGUGGCCCCAACACUGACCCUCGCGACGACAUCGCGCUCCAUCUGAAUUUUCGUUUCGUGGAGAUGCUGGUAGUCCGGAACCAUCUAGUCGGGCAGGUGUGGGGCAACGAGGAGACCGCUGGAGGCAUGCCGUUGCAAUUGGGCCAGCCGUUCGACGUUAGGCUCAUUUUGGAACCUCAGUUCAUUAAUGUGGUCAUUAACAACGUGCAGUUCUGUCAGUUCCAACACCGCAUGCAGAUGGAACGCAUCUCAUUCGUCGCCAUCGAUGGCGACUGUAACCUGAACAUGAUUGCUUUCGAGGCUAGCCAGGCUAUGGCCUCUGCUCCACCAGCCUACGGCAUGCCGCCCUACGGCGCUCCACCACCAGCUUACGGUGCUCCCGGUUACGGCCAACCACCCGGCGGUUACCAGCCGAAUUACGGCCAGCCGGGGUAUGGCCAGCCGCCCGGUUACCAGCCGCCCAAUUAUGGACAGCCAGGAUACUACUGAGUGCCUUUUAGAAGAAAAACGAAAUCAUGGAAUCUUCAAUUUUAUCAUUUUAUAAUUUUUACCAUUUAAAAAAAAGUAAAAGAUUAAUUUUGUUAAUGAAGUUGUUUGCAUUUUGUCUCGUAUUUCCAUUUGUAUUGUAUUGUUUUUAUUUUAGAACAUUCGUUUUACAGUACGAUACGAAUAAAUCUUGUAUUAAAUAAAAAAAAAAUUGU